AUGAUCCAGCAGAUGGACAUCGCACAUCGCGAGCACGAGCGCCAGAUGGCUCACUACAAGGUCAAUGUGGAGGCAGAACUCCGAAGUGCGGGUUCUUAUGCGGCAGAGCUGGAGAGCAAGCUCAGCGUGCGGGAACAGGAGCUCGAGCAGCAGCUUGCCGCCGCCUGGGCCAAAGCAGCAGAGCGCGAGGCUCAGUUGGAAACUGCGGACCAGCAGCUGCGCACCAGCCGGGCCAGAGAGAAGCAGCUGGAAAGCAGGCUCACAGAGCUCAGCAAGGAUGCGCCCCGUGCCGCCAUCCUGCAGCCAGCGGACGUGUUUGAACGCCAAGCAUCGCAGUACCACGCGAUGCUGAGUGCCGAGGUCCAGAGUGCAUCUUCCCGAGCUGAGUGGGAGGCCAAGCUCAGCUUGCGCGAGCAGGAGCUUGAGCAUCAAUGCGCAUCAGCGGCUUCUCAGCUCAAGGACGCUCACGCAAAGAUUGCUGACCUGGAGGCACAGCAUGUCAACAGCAGCCGGCUUUCCCAGCAGUGUGCGGCUCUCGCUACAGAUCUUGGGGCGGCCAGACGGCAAGUGGUGGACUUGGAGGCGCAGUUAUUGGCUGCCCAACGCAGUGCCGAAGCUCGUGGAGAGGCCGAGGAUCGGCAGAUCGUUGCCAAGGCCGCCGAGCUCAAGGCCGACUUUGAGCAACGCCUCAGCGAGGAGCAGCGCGCUGCUGCUGAGCAGAUGGCACGGCUUGCAGCACAGCUGCACGCCAAGUCCACUGAAACGGCGGAGCUCUCGACAGCAUUGGCAGCUGCAAGAAGUGACCUGGAGAAGCUCCAGCCUGCUUUCGAAGAGGAGUUAAGCGCAGAGAAAGCCAAGACCGUCAAGCUCCAGGAAGCGCUUCAAGCCUUCGCUGCAAAGCAAGUGGAAGUUGACAGCAAAGAGGUGCAGACACCGCAUCUUGAAGAGAUGUAUAGGGUGCAGGCGCUGGAGGCGAACGUUUACGAGUUGGCCCAGAAGUUGGAGGCACUCUUGUUGGGGUUCGAGAGCUUCGGUCUCGAAGACUUUCUCGUUCAGACUUGGGCCACCGUGGAUGCGGAGACCAGAGCGGAAGCAGAGAACAACCAGCUGCGGGCCAGCGAGACCCGCUGUUCCGACCUGUGGAAAGAAAACAAAGAGCUCCAGCUCAUGGUGGAAACGGUGGCGGAGCGCGAGAAGUCCAACGCUUCCUCGUCCGAAGCGCACAUCAAUGCUCUCGAGGAACAGCUGCAGCAAGCCCGCGCUGAUGCCCGGGAGGAGGUCGAGCGGACCUCCGCUCGCAUUUGCGCUCUUCAUGGACAGGUUGCCAAGAGCUCGCACGAAGCAGCUGAUCUCGAGAAGAGACUGAAAGAGGAGUCUGACAAGGCAAAGCAGCUCAUCCAAGAAAAUGCUGACUUGCAGCAGCAGCUUUACCAGGCACAAUGCGCAGCAAAAGAAGUGGCAGACCUUCAGCAGCGCCUGCAAGCUGCCAAGGUUGACCUGGAGCAGGCUGGGAAGGAGAAGGAGCAGGCGGCUGAACUGGAGCGCCGUCUGCGCGAGGAAAAAGACAAGGCGUUGGACCCCGCGCUGCUCCAACAGGAAAAGGACAAGGUAGUGCAGUUGGAGCGACUCCUGCAAGAAGAGAGCGGGAAGGCAGCAAGUUUGCAGAAGCAACUGGAAGAAAAGAGCAAGGCCGGGAUAUGA